CCCCUCAACCUCUACCUUUGCCCCUGCCUCGCAUUGUGCUCACCACCACCAUGUCGGGCAUCAGGGUUCUGCUACAGAAAAUCCUGAUCCUUCUGCAGGUUACUCUGUCUGUUGUUGUGGGCAAAACAUUGAUGAUACUGUUCCCCAAUGCCAUGAAAAGAUACAUCCUAAAGAUGGGUGAAAAGAGCAGAAUGAACAGGAAUCCAAAGUUCAGCUAUGAAAACUGGGGCCCGACUUUUUUCAGCUUCAAGUAUUUGCAGUUUGUGCUGAAGGUGAAGUGGAAGAGGCUGGAGGAUGAAGCCUACGAGGGACACCCUGCUCCCAACACACCAGUGGUGACCCUCGGCGGGGAAGUUUGUCACCUCCUGGAUUUCAUGAAAGAUAACCGGCCUUUAAUCCUGAACUUUGGAAGCUGCACCUGACCUUCUUUUAUGCUAAAAUUUGAUGAGUUCAACGAGCUCAUCAAAGAUUUCAGCUCAAUAGCAGAUUUCCUUAUCAUCUACAUCGAGGAAGCUCAUGCAGUAGAUGGAUGGGCUUUUAAAAACAAUGUCAUUAUUAAAAAUCACACAAGCCUUGAAGAUCGAAAAAUUGCAGCACAAUUUCUUCAGAAAAAUCAGCCUCUAUGUCCAGUGGUUUUAGACACUAUGGAAAACUUGAGCAGUUCAAAAUAUGCUGCACUGCCAGAGCGACUCUACAUGCUUCAGGGAGGGAAGGUCAUCUACAAGGGAGGAGUGGGGCCUUGGAAUUACCACCCCCAGGAAAUCCGUGCCAUCCUGGAAAAAUUGGAAUAGAAAAAGGACUUCGAAGCAAAAACUAUCUGGAUAAAGAAGUUCAAAAAUAAUGUCACAGUCUAAGGAACAAAAAUAGAAUUUAAAAACAGCCAUAGAGAGAAGGAAAGAACAAUGUUGUAUAUGCAAUGUAUUUGCAAGAAGCAUCUGAAUGAGGUUCAUUAUGUUUGUCUAGAAGCUUUCAGGUGUCAUCCCUACACCACCAACUUCUGUAGUAACUUACUACUCUUGUAUCACAUGCAGUAAUGUGGGAGCCAAGUCCACUGAGCUCUGGAUACCAACAUUUACACUUAUAAGGAAUAUCCUGUAGGAUGAACUUCAGGGUGGUGACAUUUGCAAGAGUCCACUAGCAUGCAAAGCAACUGAUUUCACAUUAUUAUACACAUUGCACUUGUGUAUAUAAAAUGUUCCCUUUCACUGACUUCAGGAGGCUUCUGAGCAAUCUCUAGCAACAUCUGUUUCCAUGAAUAUUUGUUAUGAUGGUCCCAGCCUAAAGCACUGGUGGCUGUGACCUGAUUCUAGAAAAUAUUUAUAGAAACAAGGGAUUGAUCUACAAUUAUUAAAAGUCUAUCAAAACACUUCA